ACGUUAGAGACAGGUGAAAGUUGUUGUUACAUUCAACCUUUGCAGUUACUGCGGCGUCACUGAAGGAGAGUUUUUCAGUUUCUGUGUUUGAGUGUGAAUUUCUUCUGUUUUACUCCCAUAACCGACUGAUGGAAAGGUCAUCCUGCUAGGGGCCACCUAGCGACAUGUCCUUCAUAAGUCAGAUAACAAAUCAUUUGACCAUUUAAGAGGACAGACGCAGCCAGCCUCCUCUACCGAUGGCGUUCUUCCAACAGCUGCGACUUCUUCUCUGGAAGAACGGGUUGCAAGUUAUCAGACAGCCGGCAUGGUCUCUGACUCUCAUCGCCUGGCCUCUGGUCAUCUUCAUCAUCAUAGCCGUGACCCGCAACCAGUUUCCUCCAGUGGUAAAAGAUACAUGUUACGUGGCACCCCGAAACCUACCCAGCACAGGCUUCUUCCCUUUCCUGCAGACCCUCAUGUGUAAUGCAGACAGCAACUGUCAUAACAAAUCACGCCUGGUGGACCAGGCUGCAUCUAAAGCUACUCAGAAAUCUUCAGGACGUGCAAGGUCGACCCUCCUGAAUGGUUCACCGCUGGCAAACCUGGCUAAAGGGGGAGAUUUUUUCAACUUUGCUUUCUCCAAAGACCGUAGAGAUGAUCCUGCAGCACUGAUUGAGGUCUUGAACAGGAUUUUGGGUCCCUCUUACCAAGGAAGCCCUAAUAACGUCUCUCUCAUCAAUACCACUCAUCUGGGAGAUCAGGAGACCUUGAACAAAAUGCUGGAGUCGGUGAACUUGCUGAAGAGGGCCAUCUGCACCAUGACUCUGCCCAUGAUAAACACAACCUCACCCAACACACUCACCUCUGCUGUGGUCACUUUCUGCCAUUCCAACAACACGGUGUUUGAAGUCUCUCUCGACACACUCAACCAGAUAUUGACACAGCUGAUGCUGACAAAGCCAGACGAGAUGCUGACGGUGGCUGGGAUGGCGAUGUUGGUGUUCGAUCAGCUGCAAAAUCAGACCUCGCUGUGGGAAAGUCUUCUAGCUGUUCCUCAGCUCUUCUCUCAUGGUUCUGUUGACCAAGUGCUGAGCAGCACCGAGGUUCUACUCACCAACAUACAGGGUGCUAUGCAUGUCAUCCAGAGCAAUUUCCCUGAAGCUGCUGCCUCACUUUCCACCGUCCAUCCACUGCUCGCUGGAGGCAUCAACGUGAUCCGCUAUGUUCAAAACUGGCCUGGCAAAGAUGUGUCCAUUUCCCUCGGGGAGGUUGUCACGCUGCAGAAUGACACACUGAGUGAAAUGGUGAAACCUAUUCUGCAACAGGUCCAGAUACCACUGGACAAGGCUAUCGGCCUGACACUGGACAGGAACAUGGUCCGUUCCUACUUGUGUGACAACAGCAGUAAUCCGAUUUGGCUCACAGCAGCAUGCAGUGCAGGCACUGUGGACAUGGUUCUGGGCUGGAUCAGCCCUGACAAGGUGGCAAAACAGGCCCUCCUGGCAUGGAGUGAGCAAGUUGCUCCACGUGACGUGUCCUUUGCCAAAGGGCUUCUGCACAGUCUGAUUGGAGGUUCAUCCCCAGGAGGUCAGGGAGGCUCCAACACCAUGAGGGCCCGUCGCAGUGUAGAUACACAACCGCAAACUAUCGACGAAGAACUGUUUUUGGGCGUCGGUCAAGUGGUGAUGGAGAUUAUAGAAAUUGUCCCUGAGGUGGACAUGGUUGUCCAGAGCAUGCUCAGAACUGGCUUUCAGGCCAUGAUGUCGGCAACACUGGCCGUAGACACUGCAGAAGAAAUGAUGGCCAACGUCCUGAAAGAUGCCAAUCAACUCAAAUCGACUUAUCUAACAUUGCUGACAAACCAGUCUGAGGCGAGCGUUUGGAUUGGUCGUGUCCUGGACAGCGUGACGCAAAUGGUUAUGAAGAGUCUGGCAUCUGAGUCUUAUACAUGUGAGGAAUUCCUGGGUCCCUUCGAGUGGCUCUUAAACACUGAGAGCGUAGAGAUAGACGUGUGGAGAUCAGCGAUCUGCCAAAACAGCACUGCUCUACAGCAAGCUCUACUGAUGGACUGGCUGCCAUUGAUUCAGAAGGCACAAGAGCUGUACAGCACCAUCACAGGCAAAACAGACUUCAAUGUAACACUCCCCAUGAUUCUCUCGGAGUGGCACAAGUUGAGCAAUUCCAGUGGGCAGUUUGCAGAGCUUUUGAACAGACUUGGCACAGAGCUGGGUGGAGCAUACUGGAUGAACUGGAUGCCAGACAUCAGCACCAAUAAUGUCACUGACACUCUUCAACAAAGUGUUUACUUGUUCAUGGUGAAUUUGGGAGAAAAGAUUGAGAAUAGUCAGCUGUGGCCCGAGGUAAAGAACUACUUCCACAUGGCUUACUGGAUUUUGAACUACAGGCCUGGUGUCACAACUCAGCUGGCAAACUGUUCUCUGAACAUCUCCACCUUAGCCAUUCAUUGCGAUACUGGUUUGAACUGGACACAGUUUGUUCAAGCAAUAACCCAGGCUCUGAUGUCACCAAGCCAAGACUUCCUGGUGAAUUCUCUCAAAGGAACUUUGAAUCUGUUGCAGCAUGUGUAUGGUGACAUUUAUAAACAUCAGGCAGCAUCAUUUUUGAAAAACGAAAUCAAAGGUGGAGAUGCACUCUCUGACUACCUGAUCAACCUGAUGCAUAACCUGGAUAUCUUCCUCAAGAAUAUCUCCUCCCUUCCUGACAGCAGCAUCUCUAACACUGACAUCAUACUUCCUCACCUUACUAACCUGUUACAGUCCACAGGUCUGGCACCAUUGCUUCCUCUGUUCCUCAAUGGCAGCCCGCCUAAUGUCUCCACAGUGCUUGAUAUUGCAUCAAAGCUUGGCAGGCUCAACCAGCACAUUUUUACCUUUAAUGAGACAGACCCAACAUUGCCUGAGCUUGAGCGGCUGAUAACGCAGUUCCUUUCCCUCGAAGGUAAUCUCACCAUUGCUCUCCCCCACAUCAUGGGGCAAAGUCUUCUUACCUAUUCUGACUACUUCGACCCUGACGAAGUGGCCCUUUUUAGAGAAGCUAUCCAGCCUUUCACCAACCAAACUUCAACAGGCUUUGUAGAGGCCAUCCUUCGUGCCAUUGAGCUACUGAAGGCAGUAACGGAUCCCCCAAAUGGUGACCCAUCUGACAUCACUCUUGGGUACGUGCGCCAGCUUCAAGAAUUGGUGAUAUCUCUGUACAGACUACGAAAAAUCGAACAGUUCCCGUUACCAAGUGGGCAGCUGAGUGCAGAACAAGUCACUGACCUCCAGCUGCUUACCAAGGACUUUCUCAGCCUCCUCCUCCCAGAAGGUCUCCAGAACCUGACUCAGGCUGGACCAGAUGCUGCCCGGGACAUAGUUAUCCAGAAAUUUGUAGCAUUCCUACCACUGGGGGUCCGACAAGAGGCUGUUCGCUUUCUCCAGGAUGUCAAGACUCUGGAAGAUAAGUUGACCGAAUGUGCAGCAGGCCAGGACUGUUUGGCUGGAAUCUCAGAAAUCUUCACGUUUCUCGAUCAGAUACUCAGCAUGAUGCUCUCGGCUAAUGGUACUGUCACCAUCAAACUAGCUGCAACCAACUUGGUUCUGGAGGGACGCGAAUAUGAGGAACUUACAUCCAUGGUCUUCUCACUCCUUCUGGCCCCAAAUGAUGCUGCCGUCGUGGAAACAUUCAAAAACACUCUUCAUUUCAUCAGAUUGCUCAUGACUACACCCAAUAUUUCUGUGUCUGAUGUCCAGAAUGCUCUGGGACAGUCAAACCUAACCCUUGAGGAGCUGAAUAACUUUGCUGCACUAGCAGGAGCUGCCAACAUAAACGACCUGAUGGUUAAUAUAAUGGAGAUUAUCAAUGCUCGCCAGUGUUUUGAGCCACAGCAUGACCCAAUGGUGACGGCACAGUGUGUUAUGGGAUUGAUCAACGGGGUCAGUGGUUUCCUGACACACCUGCCUAAUCUCCGCAAUGAGACAUCCAUUCUCUCUCUCAUCCCGUUAAUCGUCAACACAACUUUCAGAGAUGUCACUCAGGCUAACUUAAGUUCCAAUCCAUAUAUGAUUCUUGUUCACACCUUGAACAGCACCCUGGCCAAUAUCAAGAUGAGUCUGCAACUUAACCAGCUGAACACUCCAGAGAUCAUGAAUGAAAUCAUGGUGGUGGAGGGUCUGAUAGAACUGAUGUCCAACACUGAACCAUUGAACAAUUUAAACACCACCUUGAUGAUGAAGCCCAUAUAUUACCAGAAGCUAUAUCUGGAGAUUGUGGAAUGGUAUUUGAAGAGGCUGGAAAAUAUCACCAGCAGCAGCUCGGUCUCAUCGCUGCUCCAGCCAUUUUUCAACCAAGCCCAAAUUCAAGUGACAGUACAGCUGGCAUAUGCAAAUUUCACAGUGUUUGUCACUAAUCAGGUUGAGGUCUUGAUGAACAGCCUCCAGUUCCCAAUAGAUGGUGCAGGGGUGAGUAAAAUUGGCCAGGCUGUUGUUGAGAUUCUCCAGAGCUUAUAUGACCUCAUAAAGGUCAACCUAGUGAUUCAGAAUAACUAUCCAGGUUCACCGCCAAUCUUCAACACAACCACCCUGAAUGCCAUUGAAGCCCAAAUUAAGCUGUACCUCGACCUCAUACAGAAGUGGAUGAAACAACCCAAUGUCCCCUUGGUCCUUACUAGUAUGCUCCAAUGGGGAAACUCCUCCAUAAAUAUCUCCACCCCUGUGACAGACAUCCAAGACCUGCUGCAGACUGUGGCUAAUUUUCUCAGUGAUGAUCAACUGGCCUACUUCUCUGUCAUUAGAAAUAUCACCCAGUCCCUGAACAAAGCCCUAAUGGUGGCAGAGCAACCUGGUGGCAUACAGAGUGAUCACUUCUUUGCUGCCAUCACGGAAGCAUUCCAAAGUACUAUGCAGAUCCUGACCACAGCCACCGACCCAGUGCCACCCUCUGUACAGCAGAACAUCCUGGAAAUUGUGCAGGGUUCGUUGAAGCUGAUUGUCCAACCUGACAUGAGUUUCGCCUCAUCACGUAACAUCUCCCUCCUCAUCCUCAAUAGAGCUGAGAGCGUCGUCCAACAGAUAAUACCAGAAAUGUUCCGUGUAUACCUUCUCUCUGGACUCAAAGUAGCAACUACAUAUUUUGAGAGCAUCUCCACGGGUGGUGGACCAGACAACUGGAAUCAGAUGAUUUUGAAUGAGAUGAAGACAGUCCAGAGCCUCCUGCCACCAAACAGCACAGCACAGGCCUACGUUUCUGUGUUCAUUAACAUCACUCACUUCAUCUUGGAGUCUGGCCAAGGCAACAUGAGUCUUUGGGCAAGUUUUGAGAAUGCAUCAGUGGAAAAUGUUACCAUGAUUAUUCACCAGAUGGUCAAACUGGUGAACAAACUUUUGCCACUUCUCAUGGGAAGCCCAGACCUCCAUAACACAAUUUCUUCAUCUGUGGAGGCCUUUGCUCACCUUUCCACAUUCCUGCAGCAGGUGAUUGCUGGCGAGGCAGAUCAAAACAUGUGGGACAAACUUGAGAAGAUGCUAGAAGCCCUUCUGUCACCCCUUGAGGGAACAGAGCUAUGGUACAACAUCUCAGCUGUUAUCCCACUGAUUGAAAAAAGCAUAGAAAGUACAGUGAACAACAUACAAGCACAGAAUGAGAUGAUACUAAGCCUUCAGAUGCCAGUGGUGACCCUGAUGAGAGAAAUUGCAAUGUCUGUGAACACCAGUCAUUUCAACUUGUCUGAGGUCACGGAAAGAAUGCAGCUUGCCAUUGAACGCACCUUGCAGGCGGCUCAGCAGGCUAAUGCCACAUUGGAGUGCAGUGAAGCUCUCAAAGCAUGGGAGCCAGUAGGGGAGGCAGCAGGGUUAAGCCCUGCCACCAUGGCUAUGUGGUGUAACAUCAGUCUGCAGCCUGUUUUAGAGGCCUAUGCUGCAUCCCAGACUGUCUACUCCAACCUGAACAUGAGUCACAUGGGUGUAAGACCAAUGAAUGUGAGUGCAACAGCUGCCGUGAUUGUCAAGAACAUACAGUUACUCUACCAAGGCAAUGUUAACGCAACACGUGUGACGGAGCAGCUCAUCAUGACUCUCUGCAGCCAGUUCUCUAUGCUGGCAGGCCAGCCUCUGAGCCUAGAGGCACAGUCUUACUGGUUGGAGCAUCUCCAGGAGAUGCAGUUACAAAACAGCUUGUCUUCCAUCAAAAUGCUCACAGAUGAGCUGCGUAAGGUGGCCCCGUUCCUCCAGCCUUACAUUGGAGCUAUGGAGAAAGCACUGUACCACAUGAUGAGCAACAGUCAUCUUAUUUCAAACAGCAGCUCAUGCCAAGACCUCCUCAAACAGGUAGCAAUGAUCUUUCUCACCUCUGCGAACAUCACCUCAGAAGACAUCUUCUCCAUAAAUUAUGGAAAUUUUUCUGGACUCGAUGAGGCAUCUCUUACUGGCUUGAUGAGACAGGCUGUCAAACUGAUGACUGAACUGAAAAUAUUUGGUGAUGAGCCUAUGGUUUACCAAGCCUUGGAGCAAUUCCUGACAUCCAACGGCACAAGCUUGAUUGUCCAGAAGGUGGCCAAUAUGUCUGCAUGGUUGGCCUCCACUCAAGCGUCUGGACUAGAUCUGCUGACCCAGGUUCUUCCCAAAAUGUAUGACAUCCUGAAGUCCUUCUUGUCUGUCCUGAGCCAGAUGAGUAUGGACAUGCCAGCAAACACGCAGCUGUUUGAAGACCUAGCUGGAAACAUAAUUGCAAUGCUCAGGCAGUUGGUGAGCACCAGUGGUCUUCUGCUGCCCAUGCACCAACAGCAGGUCAUGUUUCAGCCAGAAAUGAUGGGCGGUAGCCAUGCGAUCAGGGUCCGACACAGACGCGAGGCCCCGUUGAUGCCAACAAGGGACCCGAUGGAUGACUUCAUAGACCUGUUCUACAUCGACUACCCUGCCAUGUUCAAAGCCAUCUCUGGCCUUCCUACCGAAGGAGAAAUCAUGGAGACAGUCCACAUGUUCUUUGCCAAUCCUGACCUGAGUGUUGUGUUGAAGGGAGCUACGAGUGAGAUGCCGUGGGGCCUGAAUGCCUCUCGUGAAGAGACCAUUAAUGCUGCCCUUGGGGUGCUCUCCUUUCUCACUCUACCCAGCGCAUUCCAGAUGUCAUCAAUGGAUCUCCUGGUGAAUGCUGCUGAUAUGCUUCCUGAUGGCUUUCCAUUCUCCUCUGUGCUUAGAAAUAUCAGCAGAGUUCUGGCCAAUGAGUCUCAAGAGAACCUGAUCCUCAUGCAGCAGACCUUGCAAACAGUCACUGAGCUCGUCCAAAUUGGCGUGACAGACCCGCAGUUCACAGAGCAACUUGGCCACCUGAGAUCCCAGGUGUGCGCCUUGGAGAAUACAGAGUCUGUGCAUCUGUUGAUGCGGUACCUCUCCAUCGAGCCUGGUCAGCUGUGUCACACUUUCCUGCCCAGCCUGCAGAUCCUGGUUGAGAGUCUGAUGAUGAACACAACCGCUCUGACCGAUGCCGUCUUCCAGACCUUCAUCGGAAAUCCUAGCACCUACAAUGUCCACGCAAACUGGACCUCUGUGUUGAGUCGAGGUAUGGGCUUUAACACCAGCAUCCUGAGCCCUCUCAACAUUAACAUCACCUCCCCAGGAGCGGUGACGGUCGGUGAGAUGCUGAGAAAUGAAACCGCCUUUAUUCUGGAUGUUCAGCAACACAUGGAUUUUGAUCCAAUAGCUCUGUACCUGCUGAUGGAAACAACUCUACCAAACAAUAAUUUAGAGAUCCUGUCGUGGUUGGUCAACCUGCGUCAGUGCAACUCCACCGCACCCGUGAACAUGAAAGAGGCAGACAUGGUCAUCUUAAAGGCCUUCUGCUCCCUGUCUGUUGAGCAGUGGUACAGCUUUUCCCUGCUGAUGGCUCGUCAUGUCAACAUGGAAAAAGUCAUCUACAGAAUGGUGUUGUCUGAAGAAAUGCAGGGCGUGGUGGGAGUUAUGCUUCAGAUGGCUGAAGUUAUAACAGACAUGAUGAACAAGAUUUCCCCUGCCAUCAGUCAACUGCAGAGCUACCUGCUCUCCAUCGAAGACCUCAACCUGGUGGCCGACAACGAAUUUAGCCAAAUGACCAGAGGACAGAGGAGCACCAUCUCUACUAAAGCCACGUUCGUCACCCUCUCUCGAGCGUUGUGCAGUAAUGGUAUCCUGGCUCUGUUUGGAAUCUCCAAACUCCCCGUCGCGUCCGAGUCAAACCCCUCAUUCUCAGAUAACCAGCGGAGGGAGGAGAUGAUUGAGAGAUUCAAGAUUCCGCGAAAUGCCACUCCCUUCUGUAUGAACAUGUACCUGGACAUGGUCAAUACCACAGGAGGAGCCAUCGCCUGGGCCUUCCUCAAACCAAUGCUGAUGGGACACAUCCUGUACACCCCUGACACCCCCGUCACUAGGGCCAUAAUGGAGAAGGCCAACACCACCUUGCAGGAGUUUGCAAAUCUGAGGAAGUACUCAAAAGACUGGAUUGACUCCUCCAACUACAUCAUGGAGUCCGCUGUAAUACUCAGCCACACUUUACCAAUGCUGCAGAAUUCCCUCGGCAAUUCCUUUGUGAAGAAUUUCAUUGAGAUGCAGACAGACAUCAAUGUUGGCAGAAUGAAGGAGACGCUCAGCAACUUCUCUAACAUGACAGUGAUGCUGGAGAAGAACAAACACAUACUGAACCAGAUCACCACCUUGUCCACCCUGAUGGUGGACCUCUCCUCCUGUAUCAAGUUUGACCGUUACCGUGGCUACGACUCUGCCGAGCAGCUCAACACUGUAGCUCAGGAACUUGCCAAAAAUCGCGAUCUCUAUGCAAGUGUCAUCUUCAAGCUUCCCAAAGAUGAGGACUCCUCCAAGAAGCGCAAGGCCAGGUCUUCAUCCUCCUCCUCCUCCUCCUCCUCCUCCACCACAUCCUCCACAUCCUCCCUGCCUCCCAAAGUCAGCUACACUAUCCGCAUGCAUAUGGACAAUGUCAUGCGCACUGACAGAGUCCGGGACCCCUAUUUCGUGAAGGACACUCACAUCUUGGCCCGGCAGACCAUGCGCUACAACCGAGGCUUUGUCUACCUCCAGGAAAACAUUGAUCGCGCUAUCAUUGAGACCCAGACCGGGCAGAGAGUCUCAGAGCCGGCCGUCCAGCUGCAGCCCUUCCCUUAUCCGUGCCAUCUCCGUGAUGAAUACCUGGAGGCCAUCUCUUUUGUCUUCCCACUCAUGCUGAUGAUAGCCUGGGUGCUGUUCGUGGCUGAUUUUGUGAAGAAACUGGUGCAUGAGAGAGAACUGAGGCUGCACGAGUACAUGAAGAUGAUGGGAGUCAAUCCGCUCAGCCACUUCUUCGCCUGGUUCCUGGAGUGUGCCGCCUACCUGGUGCUGACCAUCUUCAUCCUCACUCUGGUGCUGAAGUACGGCAGAAUCUUGCCCAGCAGUGACGGCUUCCUCCUUUUCUUGUACCUCUGUGACUACGGUUUAAGCAUCCUGGCCUUCAGUUACCUGAUCAGCUCCUUCUUUGACAAGACCUACAUCGCCGGCCUGAGUGGCAGCCUCCUUUACAUCCUCUGCUUCUUCCCUUUCAUCGUGGUCAUGGCCCUGGAGACAAAUCUCACCUUUUCCCAGAAGAGCGCUCUGAGCGUGUUUUCCCCGACCUGUUUCAGUUACGCCAGUCAAUAUAUCUCUCGCUACGAGUCUCAAGGAGAAGGGAUUCACUGGAGCAACUCAUACACCUCACCCAUUGCUGGUGACACAGCCUCAUUCGGUUGGCUCUGCUGGCUGAUGCUCAUCGACUCCGUCCUCUACUUCAUCAUUGGGGCUUACAUCCGCAUGGUCUUCCCAGGAAAAUAUGGCAUCCCAGCUCCAUGGUACUUUCCCUUCAAAGCCUCCUUCUGGGCCGACCUGUGCUGUUGCAUUAAGUCAAAGAGUGAGGUGGGCAGAGGACUCCUCUUCACCAACAUCAUGCAGGGAAACCAACCUGUCUUCAAUGACGACAAGGGAAAAGGCCAGAGCACUCUUUCCUCCCAGGAUGGUGAGGAUUUCUCAGCGCUCCCUGUGGGCGUUGCCCUCCAUGGUCUCGGCAAGAUCUAUGGUGAUCGAGUAGCCAUUGAAAACCUAAAUGUUUCCUUCUACGAGGGCCAUGUCACCUCAUUGCUUGGUCACAAUGGAGCUGGCAAGACCACCACCAUGUCUCUCCUGACUGGCCUUUUCGCCCCAUCCUCCGGCACAAUAGAGGUGUACGGCAGAGACAUGCAGACCAACAUCGAUGAUGUUCGCAGAGAGCUGGGCGUCUGCAUGCAAUAUGAUGUCCUCUUUGACCACAUGACCACCAAGGAGCACCUGCUGCUGUACGGCCAGAUCAAGGCCCCGCACUGGUCACACAGAGAACUGCACGAGCAAGUCCGAACAAUCCUAGAGGAGACAGGCAUGUACGCUCACAGACACAAGCGGGUGGGCACCCUGUCGGGGGGCAUGAAGCGCAAGCUGUCAAUCUCCAUCGCCUUCAUAGGGGGCUCUCGCUUGGUGGUUCUGGAUGAACCCACCACAGGAGUCGAUCCCUGCUCCAGGCGCAGCAUCUGGGACAUUGUUAUCCAACAUAAGAAGCAACGCACCAUCAUCCUGUCCACCCACCACCUGGAUGAGGCCGAGGUGCUGAGUGACCGCAUUGCCUUCCUGGAGAGAGGAGGGUUAAAAUGCUGUGGGUCCCCCUUCCACCUGAAAGACAAGCUGGGUCAGGGCUACAAACUCACCCUCACCAAGAAGAUGCAGAACCUAGAAUCCGAAAAAGCAAUUGACAAUGCUGAACUGAAGGCGUUUAUCCAAGCCCAUGUACCUGAAGCGCGACUGAAGGAGGCCCAGGGUGGCGACUUGGUCUACUCGCUGCCCCCCUUCACCUCAUCCAACGCCUCCUCAUACCGCUCCCUGCUGACCGCACUGGACUCCAACCUGGACGCUCUGCAGCUGGGAGGCUAUGGCAUCUCUGACACCACCCUAGAGGAGGUGUUCCUUCAGUUGACUCAUGGAAACACAGAAGCUGGGCUUGAGAACGGCCCCCUCUCUAUCUCAGAGACCGUCUCGGACACGGGAUCCAUUGACAGCUUCCCUUCAGACACCAGUGAAACCUUGAGUGACCGGAUCAAGCUCACCGGUUCAUCCAUGGUGCGCGGCAUGGCCCUGGCCUGGCAGCAGAUGGCGGCCAUACUGAUGAAGAGGUUCCAACACAGCCGCAGAGACUGGAAGGGCCUGAUCUCCCAGAUCCUGCUUCCUGUUCUGUUUGUGGUGUGUGCAAUGGGCCUGGGCUCCAUCAAGAGCGAUCUGCGGCACUAUCCCGAGCUGGAGCUGAGCCCCGCACUCUACAACAUUGGACCCAGCUACUCUUUCUUCAGAAACCAAAAUCCCAACUCCAAGCAGCUGGUGGACACCAUGAUGUCAUUCCCUGGGAUCGAUAACGCCUGCUUCAACAAAUCCGAUAACUCGGUCUGCACAAGAAACACAAACAACUGGAGUUCCAGAGGGAACAGCUCCAAACCAUUUAGUAUCUGUAAAUGCACCCGUCAGGAACAGGUUUGUGAUGAGGACAACUUCCAGCCGCCGCACAAGAGGAUCCCUUCGUCUCAGAUUGUUUAUAACCUCAGUGGCAUCAAUGUGGAGAACUACCUGGUGACCACAGCCAAUGACUUCAUCAGAAACAGGUAUGGUGGCUUUGAUUUGGGAAUGCAGCUUCCUCCUGAUUUACAAAUGGACCUUCGAGCAGUGCCAAAAAACCGUACUCUGUCUAAGGUCUGGUUCAACCCUGAGGGCCACCACACAAUGCCAGCAUACUUAAGCAGCCUCAACAACCUCAUCUUGCGCUCCAAUCUUCCGGCAGACAAGGAUCCGCGUAAAUAUGCCAUUUCAGUUUCCAGUCACCCCUAUUUCGGUCGGGCGGAUGAUGAAGAUGCAGUUGUUCAGGGAAUGCUCCAGAUCCUCGUGGCUAUGUGUGUGCUGACGGGCUUCUCAAUCACAACAGCCAGUUUUGCCAUCUAUGAAGUGAACGAGCACCACAGUGGCUCCAAGAGGCUCCAGCACAUCGCUGGCGUCGGAGAGCCCUUCUACUGGGCUGUGAACUUCUUAUAUGACAUGGUCAUCUAUAUGAUCCCUGUGGCUUUGACUGUUGGUGUGAUCGCAGCCUUCCAGAUUCCAGCAUUCACAGAACGGCAAAAUUUGGGGGCCAUCACCCUCCUUCUUGUGCUCUUCGGGUUUGCUACCUUCCCCUGGAUGUAUCUGUUAUCAAGCGUCUUCAAGGAUGCAGAAAUGGCCUUCAUCACCUAUGUGUGCAUCAACCUCUUCAUCAGUAUCAACACAAUCAUGUCCACCUCCAUCCUCUACUUCCUUGGACAAAUUUCAAUGCGCAACCCAGAGGCCAUCAAGGACAUCUUCGAAAAGCUGAGCCACGCCUUCCUCAUCUUCCCCCAGUUCAACUUCGGGAACGGGCUGAUGCAGCUGGCUAGGAUGAAUAUAGAGGUCCAGAUCCUCAGUGGCUAUGGCAUUGACGCCUAUCGGAACCCAUUCUCCACAGACGCCCUGGGCUGGAUGUUCAUCUCCUCCUUCAUCCAAGGCGUGGUCUUCUUCACCAUGCGCCUCCUGCUCAACAAGUUUCUCCUGCGCAAAGUCAGGCAUCUGAUUUGGGGCAGGAAGGCAGUGCCACAGGUGGCUCGUGAGGACGAGGAUGAGGAUGUGGAUGUGGCAGCUGAGCACCAACGGGUGUCCAUUGGAGCUGCCAGCUCAGACAUACUGCAGGUCAACCAGCUCACUAAGGUCUAUCAUCACCUUAAGAGGAAGGUCCAUGCUGUCAAGAGGGUCUCUGUGGGCAUCCCUGCAGGAGAGUGCUUUGGUCUGCUGGGAGUGAACGGAGCAGGAAAAACUACCACCUUCAAGAUGCUGACUGGAGAUGUUAGCCCCACCGAUGGCACAGCACAGAUCAGGGACUGGGAUGGGCGGUUGGUAGACAUCAUGGAGUGCCGCAACCAGGGAAUUAACAUCGGCUACUGUCCCCAGGUGGAUGCACUGGACAAUCUGCUCACUGGAGAGGAGCACUUGUACUUCUACGCUCGCAUUCGAGGCAUCUCAAAGAGGGAGAUAGAAGGGGUGGUGAACUACCUACUGAAGAGGCUGGAGCUCAACUACCACAGAAAUAUCAUUACCGACGGUUACAGUUGUGGCACCCGCAGGAAGCUCUCUACAGCGCUGGCUCUCAUUGGGCAUCCACAAAUCCUGCUCCUGGAUGAGCCAAGCUCUGGCAUGGAUCCUCGGACCAAGCGUCACCUGUGGAAAAUCAUCUCUGAAGAAGUGAAAGGAAAAUGUGCUGUGGUCCUCACCUCUCACAGCAUGGAGGAGUGUGAGGCACUGUGCAGCCGUCUUGCCAUCAUGGUGAAAGGUCAGUUCCGAUGCCUGGGCUCCCUGCAGCACAUUAAGAACAGGUUUGGCAGCGGGUUCACUGUGAAGAUGUACUUGGCCGAGGCGUCCUGUGAUGCAGAGGCAAUCACUGGCUUCAUGCAGCGCAGAUUCCCCAGCACUUAUCUCAAGGACCAGCACUCCACUAUGGUGGAGUACCACGUACCAGUUGCUCCAGGAGGGGUGGCUGACAUCUUCGACCAGCUGGAGUCAAACAAGAAUGCUCUGCAGAUCAAACACUUCUCAGUGAGCCAAACCACACUGGAUGAGGUCUUCAUCAACUUUGCCAUGGGAAAGAUUGGCAUGGAAACCAUACCAAUUCACAAUGAAAAUGAGUAUGAUGACCUGGACUCCAUUAAGGCAGUACAAACAUAGAGCUGACUGCCAUCUUUUCUUUGCCAUCAUGUCUACGUCCACUGUGAAAUGAAACACAGUAGCUGUUUAUAGUAAAUCUGCCUAUAUUAUAUAUGUAUGUAUACAGUAUAUAUAUUUUUAUGUGCGAAAAAUAAGAGUUUAAACCCUUACCUGACUAUUUCUUGAAAGUCUCUUGGCCCAUAAUAUGAAGGGUAACUUACAUUUGUAUCCUGAACAAAGUAAACUCUUAAUGAAAAGCAUAAGAGCACAUGCACAUUUACGUACAUGCACAACUGCAAAAGUCAAUAAAUUGAAGUCUUAUGUUUAUUUACUUUUUCCUAUUUUACAGGUCACAUGAUUACUCUUGUAUGUUUACCUUUAAUUCUCAAGAUAUUAUUAUUUAUGAAGGAUCAAAUUAAUCAUGUAGGCUAUUAAUUUCUCUCUGUGGUUGGGGCACUGUUCAUUAUAUAUUACCAAUACCAUAGCAAAAGCAAAAGCAUUAUGUAUUUUCUGUUUAGAAUCACUUUCAUUUGAUUUAACAUCAUCUUAAAGCACUCACACACUAAAUAUAUAAUAUGUCUCACAAAGUAAUUUUUUUUUUAUAUAUCUGAGGGAUAUGUAAUUGUGCCCACUGGAUAAAAUUUGACAAAACAAAAAAUAUUCACACACAGAAGAACAUCCUCAAUAUGCACUUUUCCCCUACUCAUUAACACUUCCUCUAAGGGCAUAUCUAACUUUUAAAAAUGAAUAAACUGAAUAUUUAAUGUACUCUUUCCUACUUAUGGACCAGUUCCAAAUGGUCUUGAAUGUAUCAAGCCUUUUUCUUUUUUAUAAUUCUAAUAAAGCUAUUUUUCAAAUGCA